CUCGGCGCUCAGUGCGCAGGUGCGGAGGAGCUUGCUGGGGCCCGGGCCGGGGGCGGGCUUGAAGACGCGACGUUUGGUUUUGGAGACCGUAGCAGAGUUCUCUGGGUUCAGUCGCUGGGCGGAAGGCGUUUGUCAUUCCCAAUGGUGUCCAUGACUUUCAAGCGGAGCCGCAGCGACCGAUUCUACAGCACUCGGUGCUGCGGCUGUUGCCAUGUCCGCACCGGGACGAUCAUCCUGGGGACCUCGUACAUGGUUGUAAACCUAUUGAUGGCAAUUUUGCUGACUGUGGAGGUAACUCAUCCAAACUCAAUGCCAGCUGUCAACAUUCAGUAUGAAGUCAUUGGUAAUUACUAUUCGUCUGAGAGAAUGGCUGAUAAUGCCUGUGUUCUUUUUGCCGUCUCUGUUCUUAUGUUUAUAAUCAGUUCAAUGCUGGUAUACGGAGCGAUUUCUUAUCAAGUAGGUUGGCUGAUUCCAUUCUUCUGUUACCGGCUUUUUGACUUCGUUCUCAGUUGCUUGGUCGCUAUUAGUUCUCUCACUUAUUUGCCAAGAAUCAAAGAAUAUCUGGAUCAAUUACCUGAUUUCCCCUAUAAAGAUGACCUCCUGGCAUUGGACUCCAGCUGCCUCCUGUUCAUUGUUCUUGUGUUCUUUGCCUUAUUCAUCAUUUUUAAGGCUUAUCUAAUCAACUGUGUUUGGAAUUGCUAUAAAUACAUCAACAACAGAAACAUGCCAGAGAUUGCUGUGUACCCUGCCUUUGAAGCUCCUCCACAGUAUGUUUUGCCAACCUAUGAAAUGGCAGUGAAGAUGCCUGAAAAAGAACCACCGCCUCCUUACAUACCUGCCUGAAGAAAGUCUGCCUUUGUCAAUAAACCCUAUACCAGCUUUUGUCUUUUUAUUUUACAGAAUGCUGCAAUACAGGGCUCUUUAAACUUAUGAGAUAAAAUACAUUUUCCUUUGUUUAAGCAUUUAUUUUCAAACACUAACAAGCUUUUUGACAUAUAUUAAAGACCAGUUUUUUUUUUUGUUAAGUCUAGUACAUUUUAAUAGUUUCUGAAGACAAUCUAGGAGUAAGCAAGAGGAGCAAAGUGCCAUUGUUUGCCUUUAAUUGGGGGUGGGUGGGAGGUGGGGAGGGCAUAUUCUCUACACAUUUUCUUUUUUAACUGCACUUUCUUUAUAUAAUAGUAUGCAUUUUGUUUUUUUGCUACCCUGAAUACUUUCAGGAAGAAAGUUAAAUAAAUAUUCAGGGUGAGUGAGUUGGGUAUAAGAUCUGAAGUUUUCAGCUAUGAAAACAGGAAAAAGAAAAUACAACAUUUUAACUUGACUGUGGAAGAUGACAGUUGCAUGUUCUUAAUAUGUAUGUUUCCAUCUUUGUGAUAAGAUGCUUUAAUAAAUCUCUUAAAUAUUUA